AUGCCUCGCACGCCCGAGCGCCAGAUCUCGCUCGCCGUCAGGUCCGUGUGCGCGGCGUUCAAGGAGGGCAAGACGCGGCAGCGCACGGAGAUCCUGCUGCCGCUGAUCGGCGCGACGGACCUGGACGACUGGCCCGGCGGCAUCCAGCAGCAGUUCAAGGCGGCACUGCCGCUCGUGGAGGACCUCCUGCGCGGCGUGCGCGAGGGCACGGGCCUGACGGGGAAGCUGGAGGCCGAGGUGAUCGACAUGGGGGACGCGGUGGGGUGUUUUGAGUCGGACAAGAUUCUGGCGGUGCUGUUUCCGAGCGGGUCGACGAUGAAGGAGAUCAUCAAGCGCGCCGAGGGGAAGGAGCUCGUGCUGCUGAUCAACCCGCAGUGGAGCACAGAGAACGCGUACAGCAACGUGAUCUCCGACUUCGGCAUCCUGUGGGCGAAGGAGCGCGCGGAGAAGUUCCUGCAGCCCUUUGUCGAGACGUUUUACUUCGUGCAGACGCGUGUCGACGGCGAGAACCUCCGCGUGCUGCGCGCCUGGCCGCUCGGGUACCAGGUGUUCGCGGUCGACGAGGUCGGCGGCGGGCGCUUCCUCGGGAGCGAGCCGGGCCGCCCGGCGUACGCCACCCUCAAGGAGCUGGCGGCGAGUUUCGAGGGCAGCAAGGCCGCGAUGGGCAUCAUCGACCGGAUGUACGCCGAGGCGGACUACAUGCGCAAGACGAUGAAGGCGCCGCCGCCGCGCGAGUGA